AUGACAUGCAAUCCAAAUUGGCCUGAAAUUCAAGCUCUGUUACUCCCUGGACAAAUGGCUCAAGACCGACCAGAUAUCACAGAGGAUAAAACACAAACUCCAGAUGAUUAUGAUGAUAUUGUCUGUGCUGAGAUACCUGACCCAGUAACCAACCCCAGAGCAAAUGCCACAGUUAUUGCCAAUAUGUUCCAUGAACCAUGUGAAAGUAUCAAUCCCAAUGCACCCUGCAUGAUUGAUGAUGGUACAGGGCACAAAAAAUGCACCAAGGGAUACCCAAGACAAUUCCAGAAUGAAACUCUCCAAGGAGAAGACUUUUAUCCUGUAUAUCAUUGCCGACAAGAUAAUCGCUACAUUGAAUAUGUCUAUAAGGGCCAUGACAAAGCAACAAUUGAAAUCACUGGAGAACAUCAGGAUCAUGAAACAGUAGCUAAGCCAAUUGUGAUUGAUGAGAUUCAUAAUUUCAUUGAAGCCCAUUGGGUAUCAGCCCCAGAAGCAAUCUGGAGAAUCCUAGGAUUUAACACGAAUGUAGUCACAGCUGACCAGAACCAAAUAACAUCACUUACUGAGUACUUUAAGAUGAAUGAUCAAGAUCCUGAUGCAAGAAACCUGCUCUAUACCAAUUUUCCACUACAUUACACAUGGAAUAAAACAAACAAGACAUGGAAGAAACGUCAAUGUGGAGGUUGCAUUGGGAGAAUGUACAUGGUACAUCCAUGUGAAGGUGAACGAUACUACCUUCAUUUACUGUUAACAAAAGUAACAGGUGCCAGAAGCUUUGAGGAACUCAAAAUAGUAGAUGAUACUCUGUGUGCUGCUCUCAAGGAGAGUGCUCAGUGCAGAGGUUUCUUAGAAAAUGAUAAUGAACACCAACAAUGCUAG